AUGGAGAAGCCUGAACAAUCCCAGAUCAUGGAGAAGCCUGAACCACCCCAGAUCCAACAUGUUGAGGCCGAGGCGAGUAGUCAGGAAAAGGAGGGAUUUGACUGCGUCGAUAGAAAGGCUAUAGGCGGAAAGGACCUCUCAGAGAUGCCUAGGCACUACUACCGUAGUACGAAGGUCAUUGGGUCCCUCUUGGCUUUUAUGUUGGCCUACGAAGCCUCAUUCUUGUCGUACGUGAUGGUGGCCGGUGCUUUGACUAUUAUCGACAACGACAUAGGGCCCAGUGAAGAUCUUGUUUGGGUUAUCCUCGCCAUCACACUGGGUCAGGCCAUUGCUUUUCCCAUCAAUGGUCGUCUGUCAGAUAUCUUCGGACGUAGAUGGUUCUUCAUUGGAGCCAAUGUUAUCGCUUUCGUUGGGUAUCUCGUGAGCAGCCGAGCUAAGACUAUCAAUACGCUCAUUGGUGGGAAUAUUCUCGUCGGUCUCGGCGGAGCCGCUCAAAUAGCAGGUUCUGCUGUCACCGGCGAGCUGGUGCCAAACAAUAAGCGAUUUGGUGUGUUCGUGCUGAUCACAGCGGGCCUUGCCCCUGUAACAGCUCUUGCUAAUGCUAUCGGUCGAUCGUUCUGUCUCGACACCGAUCAGGGUUGGAGAUGGAUAUUUUAUCUGCUGGCUAUAAUGACGUUCUCUGCCAUUGUGCUUUUCCUCUUUUUCUACUUUCCUCCGACCUUCCAUCACCUUCACAAAGGCAGCAGCAUCAUGGACACUGUCAAACAUAUUGAUUAUGUGGGUAUUGUCCUUUACAGCGGAAGCGCCGCCUCUCUGCUAUUGGGCAUCUCGUGGGGCGGACAGAGAUAUCCCUGGCGCUCGGCUCAAUGCAUUGUAACCAUAGUCCUGGGAGGCAUUGGCAUGAUCAGCAUUGGGUUUUGGGAUUACUUUGCUAGACCUAGACAUGCAUUCCUCCCACUGAUGCUGUUGGGAAACUGGAACUACAUGCUGUUAACAGUCUGCUCCUGCGCUGCGUCAAUGGUGUUCUAUGCCUUGAGCAUCCUAUGGCCCCAGCAGCUAGUCGCCGUGUUCGGGCUCUCCUCGGGCGCAGCUGGUUGGACCGCUUGUACCCUCACCUCAGGUGUGCUCCUUGGCUGGUUAAUUUCUGGGCCCCUGGUUGCCCCUCUUUCAAAGUUCAUCUAUGUUAAAUGGCAACUAGUCUUCAGCACCGCUCUUUUCACAUCCUUCAUUGGCGCUUUGGCGGCAGCAGAUGGUUCCAACCUUGGCUUUGGGAUUGCGAUGAGUUUGAUAGGUGGCUCUGGCAUCGGUUAUAUCGAGACUGUUUGCAUUGCCGGAGCCCCUUUGCAUCUCCACCCAAAGGACAUCGGGCUAGCAAAUGGUGCACAGUAUAGUCUCCGGACUAUUUUCUCCAGCCUUUCAAGCUCAAUUUACGUGACAAUUCUCAACAAUAAGAUCGCGUCUAAUAUGGCACGAUAUGCUUUCCCAGCCGCCAUCCAAGCCGGUCUUUCACAGGCAUCCGCCGCAGCGCUGAUCCAAGUCAUCACAGCAGGCAACCAGGCAGCCAUUGCUAAGAUUCCAGGAAUUACGCCCCAGGCGAUCGAGGCGACAGUUGCAGGUGCUCAGAAGGCAUACUUCAAAUCCUUUCAGACCGUAUACUAUGCCAGUAUUGCUUUUGGGCUGGUGGCCAUUAUCGGAGCUAUAUGCGUCAAAGGCAAGUUGAUGCAGGAGAAGCUUACCUCUGAGAUCGCCCGCAAACUGCAACAUGCAGGAGAGGUUGAUAAACAGGAUGUCGAAGUGUCCGCUGAGGAGUAA